AUGCCCUCUGAGAACCCGCAACAACCGCCAGCUUCCCCUCCGACCUCCUCCACCAACCAACCGGAAGAAACCUCCGUCCCGGAACGGAACCCAAUAACCCACAACGCUGCCAUCGCAGCGGCCAUCCUAUGCCCCAUCGCGCUCCUCCUCCCGACGCGCGGCGGUGCAGGGAAAUCCAUGCUCCAGAACUCAGUCCUCGGCGGCGCAUCAUUCUGGGGCUUCAACCAGCUCGCGCACGACUACACGGGGAAAUCCAUCACAGCGCGGUCCAGCGAGCGGUGGGGCGCCCUGCUAGGGAGAUCUCCCCAGGAACAGCAACAAGGGCAAGAACACAAAACGGGGACGGGGCUGGUGCUGGCUGGCUUGCCGACGGAGCGAGCGGCGCGGAAUCGGGAGCUCAUGGAAGCUGAGCGGCGGAGGCGGGCGGAGGCGGAGGGGAGGGAGUAUAAGGGGAAGGAUCACCGCGGGCUUUGGGAGAGGAUGUGGAUGGGUGGUGAGAAGGAGGGGUGGAAGGAGAAGAGGUUGGAGGAGGAGCGCAAGGCGAUCGAGAGUGGGAAGGGGUAUGGCGGGUUGAUUAUGGAUCAGAUUUCCGAGGUCUGGCGCGGGAGGGGGAAAGAGAAAGGAAAAGGGGAUGGCGAGGAGGAUAAGAGCAACGGGGAAGGGGAGGGAGAGGGGAAGCGGUAA